CGCAUAGCUCAGAAUGGGACGCCGUAAUCGUCUCAUUAGCAACUCUAUUCUGCGCGCAAUCUUCAAGACCGACUCUCCCAGGAACGACGAGAAUGAGCGCCUCGGCCUAUUCGCGCGCAUCUAUGCCUUUUUUACCCUCUUCAACCUUACCCUAGCGCGCUUUCGGGCAUCACUGUUCAAGAAACUGAGGAAUGACACGUGGGGGAUGGAAGAGGAGGGGUACAUUGAGAGCUUCCGCAGCCCUAGCAGUAGCAAGCGAACUGAUCUAGUUGCAAUCGGUGACCUGGGCUAUUCAGGAUCGACGUUUUUCACGACGCCAAACUCCAAAUACUUGAUCAAGUCGCUUCCACGGCACUUUGAACAGUCGUUCUUCCGCGAACGCCUUCUCGACCCCUAUGUCGAGCACAUGGAACUCAAUCAAGAUUCUCUCCUGGUUCGCAUCACCGAUCUUCUCUACUGCCCUACGGCUACCAUCGGCGCCGCACUCGGUACGGCGCCGAGCCAUCACAUCAUCAUGGAGAACAUUCUGUAUGGAAAGUCUACUUGCAGCAAGGAUCAACAGAAGCGAUGGGAGACGUAUGACCUCAAACCAAACGACUACUUCUACCCUGAGCGCGAUAUAGCAGACGGCAGAUUGGCGCCAGAGAGUGUAAAGGCGCGCCUCAUUGACGAGUUCAACGACAAGGUCCGGGUGACGAUUGACCAGAAGGAGGAGCUGAUCGCGCAACUCUCGCGAGACUCGAAAAUCCUGCAAGACAAUAACGCCGUCGAUUACUCGCUGUUCCUCGUCCGCUAUCCAACAGACGUUAGCACAGCUGACAGCAGUAAGAUUCCGGCACCGCCAGGACACGGGUCGUCAUGGCGUAGCGGUGUGGUGUCGCGAGACGGGAAGUGGAUCUACAGAGCUAUUAUCCUGGACUUCUUCUGGGCCAAGGACGCAUUGCAAGCCCAGACGCUGACAGGCUUGGUUAAGCUCUUCAAUGCGCUGAAGCCUGGAAAGGAUCACGGCCCGAUGAGUAUCACUACUUCGAGUGAUGAAUACAGGCAGAGGUUUCUUGGGAUGAUCGAGGAUAUGGUAGAGGUGCCUGAUAGCACGGGCAGGCCUGCUGGCGAACUGCGCAGUCCCCCACCCGUCGACGCUUUUUAGGCUAGUUCUGAGAGUCUAUAAGCCCGUUCUAGAGCCCGUUUUUUUGUCCAGUUCCUAGGCUAGUUUUUAGAGCUCACGAACCCAUUUUUGAGCCGCUUUUGGGUUAUAUAGGAUACUAAAACCCAAGUAGUACAAUGUUUUUUAAAGGCUUACAGUGUUAGC